UGAUUUUCUUUUUCAUAGUAUUUAAAAAACAAAAGGGACAAGAAUUUUAAAUGAGUUCGAUAAAGGACGCUACAUGUGUUAGAAACCAGUAAAAAGAAAAAGAAAAAAAGGUUCGAUACGGGAAAUAGAAAUAGAAACGCUUAAACAACAACAAAAGAAGCAAACAAGACAAUUUUCGAUAUUCGACAUUAUAUAAAUAAAGAAAUCAGUGAACAACAAAACAACAAAAAACGACUCUACCUAAGAAAAAGAGAAACCAGUGAACAACAAAAAACAACAACACAAAAACCCGACUCUACCUAAAAAAAAGAAACCAGUGAACAACAACAAUUAAAAAAAAACAGCCUUAAAAAACACAAAAGAAACCGGACCGAACUUUCCCCACGGUGCCGGGCGCAACCGCUGAGAUAGCCGGGCGGAGGGUGUCACGUGGGCGGAGUGCCGGAGUCCCGCCCGCGACCCGAGCCAUGAAGACCACCCGCCCGCGGUCGCCGUCACACGCAGCCAAGAACAAGACCCCAGAGGACCGCGUGUGGGAGUUCGGCUGCGUCCUCGGCGAGAGGAAUGGGCGUCUCCUCUGUCGUCCUUGUAAUCUCGCCCUCGACCACACCCGGAGGUCCACUAUCGUCGAGCAUCUGAGGUCGAGGAAACACCAAAGAUUCGUGGACGAAGUGGGUCUCUUGGAGUCUCCUUCGGCCACUGCCCCGCCCGUCCCUGCGUCGCUCGCCGGACACACCACCAUCUUCGCUCCGGCUGUCAUCUAUCAAUCGGUGGUUAUCGGAGAGGCAAGCUACGGUGCAAAACAGCUCUAUAGAAGGUUACUUGAACAGCUUGUGUGGAAGACUCAACCGGGCUAA